GCCUCUUGCUCCGAUUUCUCUUCUCCUUCUAUUUCUCUUCCGUCUUCCCACUCUCCGGCAUCUCACCAUAUCGCCUUCUCUUCACCUUGCUGGAGUGCCCGCGUCUAGACCCACGAUCUCCAUCCAAGCCUCUCCCGCCCACAUCCAACUGUCGGCUAUCAUCGAUCCCUCGGUCCGGCCUCUCCACGAUCCGAUCCAGCCCACUCGCCCUCUAGUGCUGUCUCGCCUCGCCCAUUUUCACCACCAAAACACCAGACAUCGCGGAGAACAAAGAAAACCGUCCAUCUCCAGCAUUCCUCUGCUCUCCUUGCUGGGCCCUGGGAUAUCCGAACGCCCGCCCCGCCGGAUUCUUUGUGCGCUUUCGUCGAGCCUUCCGCCACACCCUCCCGUCAUCUCGAACACCCAAGUCCAGACUUCCCUGUCGGCCGGCCCAGCUCUACCCUAAUUAGCCAUACUCAACUCAAGGGUCCCUGUCUUCGAGGCUUAAAUAACUCCCGCCGCGAUCACCCCGGCUUUUCCCAAACGCCAUCAAUCAAGCGAUUCAUCUACGCGAAAUCCACCAUCUCGCGCCUUGCACACAACACGCGCGAACAAACAUAAAGGGGCCGCCGUCCAUUCCAUCCCAUCUCAUCUUGCAGUCCUAUCCACCUGCCCCAAUCCACAACUAGCCGCCGUUCCCAGAACCCGACGCAAACAUGUCACCGGCACAAGACCAAUACUACGUGAUCCCCAAUAUCAACGCCAUGGACCCGAACGCCAGGGAAUUCGACCUUGCCUCGCAGGGUUGGAUCCAAGCCACCAUCAUCGAGGACGAUGACCUUAUGUUCGGUGGCAAGUCCUUGAGCACCUGGUACGAGGAGGAGAGGAGACGUCUCAGCAAUGGGUCAUCAGAUGAGGAGGAGCACCGCGGUCGCCAACGGGUUCGCAAGCACCACUCGUCACACAAACAUCACCACCACCAAACGGAGCAGCACUCUGCCAGCUCCGACAAGAAGCACUGAGAGCGCCCACGACCUCACCCCCGCGUACACGCCUAUGAAGUGCUUUCUUCCUCUCCCCCUCUUUCGGUAUAGAUGGCCGCCACCGCGAUACCCCUUGCGAGCAAUCGAAUUUCAUACCCUUUUCACGUCGACUUCGCUCUCCCCCACCCUUGGAUUAUCGAACCGACUUUUCGCAACCCAGUUUACAUACACGUCUUUCCAAUACCCGUCUUCCGUCCGGCAUUGGGUACACCGGCGUUUGCAUUUUUCAGCGUUGCAUGUUUCGGGCUGGGUCUCACUAGAAGGGCACUGUCCUCAGAGGACAACGACCAGCGCGGGAAGAAAACCGCUGGAACCGGAUCAGGAACCCGCAUUCCCUCGGCGCCACCUUUCGUUUAAUUGUUUUUUUUUUAUGCAUCGAUCGCAACGGGUCUGCGACAGCGUCACGAUUCGCAUCUAGAUGGCUAUGGAGCAUCAUGAUCAGAACACUCUCAUACUGUCAGGUUGGGAGCUGGUUUGUCUGUUUUUCUUGAAUGAGUAGACCAUGGCGUCUCACUCCGGGGUUGUGCAGCGGAGGUUAUUUCACGUCUUGGACCCUUUUUUUUGCGGGACAGCGUGGCUACAGGUUAGCAGGAUGAUCGUUGCGAGGCAACGAAGGCAUGCGCAGUGGAGCUUCAUUUCGAGUUGAGUAGCGGUGAGAUACUGCGACCUCGGCAAGAACUCGGGAGCCAGCGAGAAUGAAUACAAAUAAGUCAAAGUACACACCCG